AUGGCUACCACUGUGAGGGCAGCGGUCUGUCUGUGCCUGUGGCUUUUUGCCUGUCAGGUCAGAGGAUCCCACAUUCCCCAAGAAAUGAACAGGACCAUCCAGAGCCUCCUGCAGCACUAUAAAAUUUCCAACAAGGAAAGAUUUGAUGGGAAGCCCGUUUUCCCGAAUGAGCAGCUCAGUGGAAAAAUGGAGACCAAAUUGGUCUUCAUGGGCGGCGUUUUAGACUCCUACGAAAAGCUGUUCGGCCACAUGUUGAAGCAGCUGCCCACUCCGAGCCCCCAGAUUGCCGGGAGCAACGCGCAACCUGGCUCUGCCGUCACCGCCGCCUCCAGCGACCCCAGCAACGCGGGAUCGGCAGCGGGCCGAGAUGUCAGGUCACAGCUGAAAUACAUCCUGAGGAAGGUCCAGGAGCUGAAGCGGCACCGCUAUCAGGAGCAGGAGAAGCUUCUGCAGGGACUGCAGACCCUCAGACAUAUCAAGAUGGACGACCACAUCGUUCAGAGCAAAGCGCUCUGGCAGCUGCCGCAGCUGUACGAGGAGGCGAGCUCGCUCCCCGAAAUCAAGAUGCAGCGGCGACGCCGACGGCGGCGGCAAACAAAGGCCAAAGGUCACCAGAGGGGCUAAACCGUGACCCGAAGGGCAUAAACCGCAAUAACAGUAAAACGAGGAUGUUUGCUGGACAUUUGAAUUUUAC